GCUGUGGGCAGCAGCGCCGAGAUUGAUUCACCUUCUCCUGUGCGGAACUCCAGCUGACCCGAGUAGGAAGCCAGACGAGCUGUAAAUCAUGAACGGAAGAGUGGUUUAUUUGGUCGCUGAGGAAGAGAUCAAUCUUACCAGAGGACCCUCAGGGCUGGGCUUCAACAUCGUCGGUGGGACAGAUCAGCAGUAUGUCUCCAACGACAGUGGCAUCUACGUCAGCCGCAUCAAAGAAAAUGGGGCUGCGGCCCUGGAUGGGCGGCUCCAGGAGGGUGAUAAGAUACUUUCGGUAAAUGGCCAAGACCUAAAGAACCUGCUGCACCAGGAUGCCGUAGACCUCUUUCGUAAUGCAGGUUAUGCUGUGUCUCUGAGAGUGCAGCACAGGUUACAGGUGCAGAAUGGACCUAUAGGACAUCGAGGUGAAGGGGACCCAAGUGGUAUUCCCAUAUUUAUGGUGCUGGUGCCAGUGUUUGCCCUUACCAUGGUAGCAGCCUGGGUUUUCAUGAGAUACCGGCAACAACUUUGAAAAACUUGCUCUCUUUCAGUACUCCCAAUGAAGAUACAUUUCACUCAUCCUCCAUCCCUGCUAUUCUGCCAUGUCUUUCACUGUCUGCAUAGCCAGAUUUGAAGUGACUGAUACCCACCCCAAACCUUGCUGUUCAGAAUCUCCAAUUCUUCGUAUUCUAAUGGGAAAGUAAAGGUAUUGUUUGAAGGAAAACUGAAGAAAAGACUUGCUUAGAACAAAUGAGUUACAUAUUUUACUAGGACUUUCGAUAGAAAUUCAGCUACAACCCAAAGAGAGAAAGAUUGAGUCUUCGUGUCACCAUAGGCAAUAUCAUUUUUCUUAGCUGGCAUGCCAUAAAGACCAGCUGUGUGAUAUUAGAGGAAGAAAGGAUUUUUCUUUUUAAUGAUCUUCCUUGGGAAAUUAUUGUGGCCUUUAUUUAAUUUCUAAUUACAUACCUGGGUGCCUA